AUGCGUGUGCUGCUCGUAUUGGGGCUUCUGCUUUGGCUGGCGUUCUUCUCUGGGCAGCUGUUACUGCUACAGCACUCCGAAAACUUCAGUGGCCGUGGGAAGAUACAACUAGUCCGUUCUGCAGCGACGCAACAGCCCCGAGCUUUGGGCGGCAGUGGAGCCGGCGACGAUGACGCAUGUGUGUUGCGGGCGGUGGAAAGGUACACCCGCUACGCGGCAGACGCGACUGCUGCCGCAAGGAUGCGCAAAGAACGUGGCCCGCUGCGCAUCGCCGCCUUCUCGCGUUUGUGGAUUCCGCCCAUUCACAGGACAGGCGGCAUGCAACUUCACGCCUUUCACAUAUAUUCCCAACUUGCUUCACGCGGUCAUUACGUGCACGUCUUUGUGACCGGGCCCCCUGCAAAUUCUUCAAGUAAGACGAUGUACUGCAUCGACCGCAAGACCCAUGGGGCAGUGCGGUGCAGAGACCCCGAGGCGCCGUUGGUGGUGGAGCAAGUCCCUUCCACCGCCAACAAGGCGUAUAGUGUGGCCUGGUUAAAUAAUUCUCUUGCAUUAUUUAACACUUUGCACGCCGAGAAGCCUUUCAACGUUGUGCACAGUGAAAGUUGGGCAGCUGUGCCGAACAUUCACCAACUACGGCUUCCAUUUGUUGUAACGUGGCAUGGCUCAAUGCUUGACUGGUUUCGUAAUGAGUUGAACUAUGUUGCACACAACUAUCGUCUGCGGCGGAAGGCGCCAGGAGCAGGGGUGUGGGGUCGAAUGCAGAGACUUGCCAAGGCUGUGGCGCUGGAGGAGUACAUGCUUCUCACGGUCCCUCAACACAUCGUCAUCUCAGACGCGGCGGAGCGUGAUCUGGUGGAGGUGCAACACGUGGCUCGCGAACAAGUUGCAUUGAUUUAUAACGGUGUCAAUACCCACAUUUUUUACCCACGCAAGGAAAGGGAGGUGCGUAACGCAUUCCUGCGUGCCCAUCGAGUUCCUCCUGAAAAUUACGUUGUGGGAUGUGGUGGACGUCUGGUGGAAAUAAAAGGGCACCUGCAACUCUCCCAUGCAAUGCGCCUUAUUAUGCAACAAUACAAGAAUGUGACGCUUCUUGUUAGUGGCGAUGGCCCAAUGAGUGGCGUUUAUGAGGCCAUGCGAGUGGAGGGGCUAUCCGUCGUUCAGCUGGGAAUGCUCCCCCAAGAGCAACUUGGGACCUUCUAUCAGGCAAUUGACGUCUUUGUGGAUCCCUUCUACCAGCACCACGGCCUGAACACAGUGAUGCUUGAGGCGGCCUUGUCCGGCGUGCCCCUUGUUGUGACGGCCCUUGGCGGCGCACUAUCGGUGGUGCCGUGUACGGCUUACGGUCGCCUGUUUACGAUUGGCGAUGUGACGGGGCUGGCGCGUGAGAUCCUCUACUACAUGCUUCAUCCUGAGGAGGCGCAGGCGACUGGGCGUCGAGCCCGCGAGCGUGCCAUGAAAUUGUUUGAUAGCGAUGUUAUGGCGAUGCACUACGAGAGGGUUUUAUAUCGCCUGGUAGAAACUCCGCCAUCUUCGGCAAACAUCACUGGGAAGCUUGUGUGCACACAGGUGUAUCCUGCCUUUUGCUACCGUGAGCCCGCAUAG